AUGUUAAGAAUGGACAGAGGAAUGGAAGUAUGCACUGCUGCUGGUGAGCUGUAUAAGUGUCUUGUUAUAAUUGGCACACAGCAGAGGCCUUGUUGGGACAGUUUUGGGGGCCAGACUUCUGUCGCUCCAACAAGACUAGCUGGCAGCUGUGCAUAUACUAGUGUCAUUGUGCAUUGCGCAGCAGUGCAUCGUGUGGCUGUUGUUGCCCUUUUGCCGAACUCCUUGUGCGAACUCUUGGCGAAUUGGUGUGGUUCAUUUUUUUCGGAUAGGUGUAGGAUUGCUGCACUGGCCUUUGGUGGUGGCUAUGGCGAGGGUUCAUGUAGGUUAGCGGUUGCUGGAUGGUUUACCCCAAGGAUAUCUCUUGCCAGUGCCGCAGACUGA